UUUCAGAUCGACAUCGUGCACCGCUGCGGGUCGCCAUCGACCUCCUCGGCCCGGCACGCCGUGCCGGCCUCGCAGCCCUACGCGUCCCCCGGCCGCCGCGCCGACGCCGCCGCGCUGCCGCCGCCCCAACCUCAUCCUCGAAGUCCGCGUCCCGACCUCGGCACCCCGACGCCGCCCUGCGCCGGCCCCGUGCGCCGCCGCCACGACCUCAUCCCCGGCGCCGCGCCCCGACGUCGCCCUGCACUGGCCACGACCACCACGGGUGCACUCUUGGUACCAAGAUCUAGGUGUACGACUCGUUAAGGCAAGAUAAAUCAAAGUACCAAGAUCUCAUCGAGGUGAUAAAUACUGCAUGGAGUCGCUACCUCCGCAAACACAUAGGCUUGAAAGGUGAAAUCGAGCCUCUUCGUUGGCUGACUGAUUUUCCGUGUUGGAGACAGGAGCUAGGAAACAACUUAUAUGGAUACUACGUAUGCGAGUGGAUCAACACCUAUGCGAGUGAAAAAGGGCAAAUGACACAGGAGGUAUUCAAUGUACGUGAGCACAAUCAUAUCUGCUCAUUAUCUGUUUGCGCUCGGCCUGCGCGUUUCAGAAAUCCAGAAGCAUAUUCCAUUCCCACACACCAGCGAACUUGUCCAUUUCUAUUUAGACUAUACUAGAUAGAUAGUCACCGUGUUCAGCAGGCUGGAGCUGGAGUAGUGUGAGAGAAAAACACUGUUACCUGGCUGGUGGCUGGAGGAUGGAGCUGGAGUAACGUGAGAGAGAGUUACUGUAGGGCUGGAGGCUCAAUCCACCGGCCGAACAGGGUGAGUAACACAAAACUAUUAUUUUAUUAUGGAUUGUAUCUAACAGUUACAAGUCAUCAGAGCCCAAUCCUUCAAAAGGAUCCAGAAAUUUAUUUAAGUUCCGGAGAGGAGGAGCGAGAAAUAAAAAUAUUUGCCAGUGGUUUUUCUUGCUGCAGGAGUCCUCUUUGCCCAAGUCAAUUUGUGAGCAAGCUCAGGUCCACGUCGGUGAUUUGUGAUCAUCACAAGAGCCGGCCAGGGUUAGUUUUGUCACGACGAUGGCGUCACGGGGGAUAGGAAAACCGAACAUCUCGAUCUGCGUGGCUUGCCACUUGCCGGUCAUGGUCGACACUUGGCAAAGCGCCUCCGCGUUGAGGCACACACCUAGGCCUACACACACCACACAGAAAAUCAUUGCAAGAACACGUCAGCACGCAUAGUAUGCAAUUAUGCAUGACGCGAGAGAGAGAGAGAGAGCUCAUGCCGGACUACACUACAAGUUGCAUUUUUUUUUUUGAGAAACCACUACAAGUUGCAUUUAGGCCUGAGAACCCAGAUUAACGGGCUGAUUUCGACGCGGCCACACGGGAACAUUUGUGGGCCGGACAGAGUUGCUAGGCUGGACCACCAUUUCUUAAGGUGGGCUAGGCCCAUUUUACUGACGCGCCAUUCGAUGCAAUCGCAGCCGUCCAAUCAAGCACCGGAAACUUUUAAAUCCCCACCACCACAGACCUAGGGUUCAUUCGCUGCGCCGUCACUUCCUUCCACUCCCCUCAACCUCUCAAACCCUCGUCGGCGAGGCCUCCGGCGGCGGCGAGUAUGGUGAAGGGACGCCAAGGCCAGCGCGUCAGGAUGUACGUGCGGGGCACGAUCCUGGGCUACAAGCGGUCCAAGUCGAACCAGUACGAGAACACGUCGCUGCUGCAGAUCGAGGGCGUCAGCACCAAGGAGGAUGUGGCGUGGUACGGCGGCAAGCGGAUCGCCUACGUCUACAAGGCUAAGACCAAGAGCGACGGCACCAGCAUCCGGUGCAUCUGGGGCAAGGUGACGCGCCCGCACGGCAACUCCGGCGUCGUGCGCGCCAAGUUCCGGUCCAACCUCCCGCCCAACUCCAUGGGUAAGAAGGUCCGCGUCUUCAUGUAUCCCAGCAGUAUCUAAACAAGGUAUCUUCCAUAUUCGGUCAAGCUUCCUACUUUUGAGGAUGUUUAGCUGAAAAGUUUCCAUGGCGAUUUUGAGUAGUUUAGCUUUGCUCUUUUUUUUACUGAACAGGCUGUUAGUCGCAGGUCCAACUUGGGUGCAAACAGCACACCCGUGCAAGGGUGCAAGCAGCGCCCCUGGGCCGCCCGAUGGUCAUCCUACGGUACCUUGUAUUUUCAUUUUUCACACAGAAGCCCCCGACGGUCCUCUCUCCAGUGCAAAGGGAAAUCACCAAAACCUCCCUUCCUUUGCAUUCAUUUGUGUUUGAGCUCGGCCUGGGACGACCUGUGCCGUCGCCGUCGGGCGUCCCUGCGCCGUCGCCGCCGGGCACGCCCAGGUCCUGCGCCGCCUCUAGAGCCACUGGGUCCAUGGGCUUGCACCUGUCUCGUGGCCUCCUGGCCGUCAAUGGAGGUCUGCUCCUUCCUCCGAUAUGCACGGCAGUGCCCUGCCCCUGGUCCGCUGCCGCGCUGCCGCGCUGUCGCCAGGCGGCCAGGGCAGAUGCGUGGCCGCACCGCCGCCAGGCGUCCAGGGCAGCCGCGCCCUCAUGCCAAUGCGGAUCCACCUGCGCUGCCGCUCCUCCAAGCGGGCGUGCAGUACCUCCAUCCGAGCUGGCCUGCAGGCUUCAAUAGGUCUGCCCCUGGGCCGCUGUUGCGCCGGCGCCGCCUUGAAGCUGAUACACCUGCGCCACCGCUCCUCCAAGACGGCGUGCAGCGGUGCCCCUCCAUCCAAGCUGGCAUGUAGGCUGCAGCGGUUGCCUGCAGGGAUGCCCGUCUAUGGAAUGGAAGAUGUUACUGUGUAAUUGUUGCUCUCUGUGAGAUGAUUGUAAUCGAUUUUCUGUUAUGUGGUGUGAAAAAAAUAGCAACAUCAUUUGGAAUGCUGCAGCCAAUAAAAAGUUCAUGUUCUUGUC